GCAUGUUUGUCUGCCAGUCUUGUCAAUGCGGGCACUGUUGUCGUGAAAAAAUCUGUUGUGGGGGCGGAGAGAACUGCUUCCCCGCGUGGAGUGUAUCGUUCAAUUGCCCGAGAAAAUAGGGCUGCACCCAGGAAGUGGGAUCUCCGAGUGGAAAUGUAUAAAAACCACGCCUAGAUUCGCCAUCGCCAUUGCCAUUCCGUUCGUGAAUUAGACAAUCACUCCUCUAUACCCCCCCUCACACCUUCUUAUAUACCCCUUUAUCUGAAAUGGCCAUCUCAGCAGAUCAAUUUUCGUUUCGACAGGCGAAGCCAGAAGAGCUCGAUAUCUUUAUCGACAUCCUCGAGCGAGCCGCGCGGUGGAUGGAGGCUAACAAUUUGAAUCAGUGGAUCCCAGGAUCGUUUGUCGCUCCAAAGACCCGCGCUCAUAUUGAGCACGCCAUCUCGAUUGGAAACGCAUACUUCAUCAUCAAUCAGGAGCCCACUGUUACUACUGCGACCUUGAGCGGUUCGACAACACCCAUAACGUUAGUGAGCAUGUCAUGCAAACCGGAAACGAUCAUCGGCACCUUCACUUUGAACUACGCAGAUCCAUUCGACGAGAUGCUGUGGAAGGACAUUGUUGAGGACUGGACGGACGCUGUGUAUCUGCACCGUUUAGUGGUUGAGCGAGAAUAUAAGGGCUAUGGGCUCGGUCCCAAGGCACUGAUGUUUGCGGAGCAGGAGGGGUUGAGGCGGGGCAAGCACUAUCUGCGAUUGGAUUGCAUGGCCGACAACAAGCUACUGAAGGCCUACUACCGAGAGAAGGCCCACUUUAAGGAGUUCGAAGACUACCCUGGAGAGCGACUCUUUGGGAGAUUCGAGAGGCCCAUCACGGCGACCUUAGUUUGAGGCGACUUUUUCUAUUGAAACUACGCGGGCAGAUGCCACCUACAACGGAUCACGUUACUAUGUUCGAUAAUAAAAGAAUCAUCUUUUCUGCACAUUGACAUAAUUCACGCUACGAUAAUAAGCUGCUUCGUUGCGCUUGUGAUCGAGCGUUGGACGGAC